AUGGCAGCAAAUUACUGGGCAUCGACUCAGCGCCGCCACUGGCAGUAUUCUCGAGAAACUUUGGCAGAGAUAAGGCAAAAGCUCGAGGAUGAUGAUCGUGCCCUGGUCCAGCAGUACCCAUUGCCGGAUCGCCGUUUACUAAGCCACCUCUUCAAUCAGCAGCUGGCCAAGUUUGGGAAGCGGUUGUCGAUACGACAGCAGGCUGUCGCCACAGCACAGGUCUAUGUCCGCAGAUUUUACAGCAAAGUGGAGAUUCGGCGCACGAACCCCUAUCUCAUCCUCGCUACUGCGUUCUAUUUAGCUUGCAAGAUGGAAGAAUGCCCUCAGCAUAUAAGAACUAUCGUGAGCGAAGCUCGCUCGAUGUGGCCAGACUUCAUCAUCUCGGAUGUUUCCAAACUAGGCGAAUGCGAGUUCUAUUUGAUCUCUGAGAUGAAUUCUCAGCUCAUCAUUCACCAUCCUUACCGUACCCUGCAGGAUCUCCAGAACACUUUGAGCAUGGCACAAGAUGACACUUCGCUGGCAUGGUCUAUCAUCAACGAUCACUAUAUGACUGACUUGCCACUUCUUUACCCGCCACAUGUGAUUGCGGUGACUGCAAUCUUUCUAGCCCUGACAUUGAAGCCAACGCAGGCUGGGUUGCAAGCUGCAGCCAGUACCGCAGCAGCUCUGAGCAGUGCCACACCGAUGCCGAAGGACCAGCCUGGAAGUGUGAAUGGAGUCCCAAAUACCCAGCAGAAGAAGGUGCAGAACCUUGUUAGCUGGCUGGCCGAGGGCGAGAUCGACAUCAAAGCAGUUGUUGAGUGUUCACAGGAGAUCAUAUCACUUUACGAUGUAUUGGAGCACUUUGUUGAUAAGAUUUGCAAAGAGCAAAUAGCUCGCUUCGUUAAAGCCCGGGGCUUAGACAAAUAA